AUGGCAGGACAGGAGAGUUUUGCACGUUUUGGCAUAGCUCAACAAAAUUAUUAUUACUGGUACUGGCAAAGGGGGAAGCCAACGCUCCAGGCUUACCACUCCGGCAACUGGUCUGAGCAACAGCACAGUGGUUACUCCCUUUCUGUCUAUGGCUGUGGCUGUGCUGCACAAGGAAAUGGAGUUGACCUUUCUGUGCGGGAGACCUCUGGACCCCCAGGUGGAACUCUGGUCACGCCCAAGGAAAGCACAGCACUGGCAGAGAAGCAAGAUGAAGAGCCACUGGAAGAUCCAAACCUUCAUGUGAAUAUUGAGGAAUUAAACAAGGAGUUUAUGGCGAAAAGUGAGGAGCUCUAUGACUCUCUCAUGAGUUGCCACUGGCAGCCUUUGGAUACAGUUCACUCCGAAAUCCCACAUGAGCCCCCAGAGAAGCAAGACGGUCACUAAGCUUACCCCACUAUUCUAUUGAUUGCCGCCUGUUGUUUUUGCAAAAAAA